GUUCCUUUGCACGAAUAUGGUCAUGGUGUUUCGACUCGUUUGACAGGUGGAUCUUUGGCGCCUUUGUGCAUGUCGGGCCAUGAAACUAGAGGUAUGAGCGAAGGUUGGUCCGACAUAUUUGCCAUGAUCGUGACUGCCAAAGAAUCCGACAAAGCCGAUACGCCAGUUAUCCUUGGAGCGUAUGUUAUUAAUAAACCCGAAGGUAUUCGCUCGCAUCCUUACACUACGGACAUGAAAAUCAACCCUUUGACAUAUGGCGACCUUAAAACCCGCACAGAGCUGCACGAGGCUGGUGAGGUGUGGGCAGCCAUGCUUUGGGAAGUUUACUGGAACUUGGUCACCAAGAGUGGAUUUUCUACCAAUCUCUACGAUGCCAAGGGCAAGGCUGGCAACAUUGUUGCUAUGCAGAAUGUGAUGGGUGGAUUGAUGCAUCAGCCAUGCAGUCCUAGCUUGGUCAAUGCUCGUGAUGCCAUUAUUGCGUCCGAUGCAGCCUAUUAUAAUGGGGCCAACAAGUGCGAGAUUUGGAAGGGAUUCGCCAAACGUGGUCUGGGAGUAAAUGCA